AUGGUAUCCUUUCGCUCUAUCUUUACUACCUUUUUGGUGGUAGCCGGUGCUGCCAUUGCUACACCCUCACCCAAACUCGCCCAACAGCCCGUAGUCACCUACCUCGGCACCCAAGGACCAAUCUUGUCAAGCGGCGCAUGGACUUCCAAGGGAAUAGUAUACACAUCCGGCACCGUACCCUCUCUCAACGGCACAAUCGUCCCCGGCGGCAUCAAAGCCCAAACCGCCCAAGUCAUCAAGAACAUUGCAGCUGUUCUUGAAGAAGCAGGUACAUCAUGGGACUACGUCAUGAAGACUACUGUUUUUCUGGCCAACAUGUCCGAUUACACUGCUAUGAAUGAGGUGUAUGCUGCUAUGCUGCCUAGCCCGAAGCCUGCGCGUACGGCAGUCGAGGUGGGCAAGUUGCCGGGGAACUUUUUGAUUGAGGUGGAGGCUAUUGCGGCAAUUCCUGAUUCAUGA